GGUGUUGGUGAUAUUUAUAAGCAACCGUGCAAGUUAGCAUUGGCAACGGGUAAAGCGAGCGAAUUUUCACUGUGGGGUCCAACUCUACGCCGUGGGUGCGCACGAAAGCCCACAGACACCCACACGUGCGCACUUUUAUUUAAUUUAAUUAAUUAAUUAAUUAAUUAAAAACGAUUACUAUUGCAAAGCAAGGUCCCGCUCUAACCGAAAGUACAAAUCUACCCUUCCAUUUUAUUCAACUGGUGUAACAAGUGGAAAGGGGUGAUUUCGUAACUCCGUGCAAGAUCAUAACUAUAAGAAUGCAAGGGUGAGUUACAUAAGAAAAUAAAUAAAUCAAUUAAUUAAUUAAUUAAUAAUCAAAGCAUUAAUAAAGUCGAUUUCUUUUUGAGUCGUUUGCGUGUUUGACCUACGAAUCGAAGAAGACGAAGAAGAAGAAGAAAGAAAAGUAUAUUUUGAGCAAUUUUGGGCUUGGUGGAGGCUGAUGUGUGUCUCUCCACCGCCGCAUGCUGUUUUUAUUGCUCCUCUCUUGCUCGCCUGAUUUUGGAAUAAGCGCGUACGAGUUUUUUCGUCGGUCGGUGGUGCUGCUGCUGCUGUUGCUGCUGUGAUUUUUCCAUGGAUGAGGUUUGUGUUUGAUUUUGAUUUGGUUGAUUGAGUAAACGAUGAGAAGAGUUGGAGGGAAUGGAGGCGACGCGCACGCGAUGGAAACGAUCAACGCUGCGGCGACUGCAAUCGCGUCAGUGGAGAAUCGCGGUGCUCAACCUUCAGCUCGGAAAAGGAGAUGGGGAAGCUGCCUGGGAAUCUACUGGUGUUUCGGGUUGAGCAAAAACAAGCGAAUUGGACAUGCUGUUCUUGCUCCCGAAAAUAAUGCUUCAGGGACCGAGGCCCCUCCAAACGAUCACCCCUCCCAGCCACCUUCCCUAGCACUACCUUUUGUCGCACCUCCUUCCUCUCCAGCAUCUUUCCUUCCAUCUGAACCCCCUUCUGCUACCCAGUCACCUCCCGGCCUACUCUCCCUCUCUGUAUCCGCCAACAUGUAUUCUCCCAGUGGUCCUCACUCAAUUUUUGCUAUCGGCCCCUACGCCCACGAGCCCCAAUUAGUUUCUCCUCCCGUCUUCUCAACCUUCACCACUGAGCCAUCCACCGCCCCCUACACACCUCCCCCAGAGUCGGUCCACUUGACUACACCUUCCUCGCCUGAGGUGCCGUUUGCUCGGCUCCUUGAACCCAACCUCCAGAAUGGUGAGUCUGUCCAGAGAUACCCUUUUUUCCAGUAUGAGUUUCAAUCCUAUCAGCUUCAACCGGGUAGCCCGGUCAGCCAUCUGAUCUCGCCAAGCUCGGGGAUAUCCGGUUCGGGCACCUCCUCACCUUUCCCCGACCGCGACCUCACUGCUGCUCACCCCUUUUUCCUCGAGUUCAAAACUGGAAAUCCUCCGACGCUAUUGGAUCUUGAUAAGAUUGUGAUUCGGGAAUGUGAAUCGUGCCAGGGAUCCGGUGCUGUGACGCCGGACGCUGCCUGGCCGAGUACUUGCAACGCAUCCAUAUUCAACCGUCAAAAUUCAGACGUCGCACCUCUACCCAACACAUUGCUGAAUGACGAACCUGCAGACAACCGAAGAGUUUCUUUCGAAAUAACUGAAGAAGAAGUUAUCCGAUGUGUGGAAAAGAAACAGGGUACUCUUACCGAAUCGUCACUGGAGUUAACAGGAAAUGCCGAGCAUACAGAAGAAAGUAAAACAACCGAAAUGGUCGAUGAUGAUGCAAGUUGCUCUCCUGCCGGAGAUAACAUCCCCGCGGAAGAACAUACUGAUCAUGGAAAAGAGCCACGGCAUCAUAAGCACAGGACAAUCACUCUAGGAUCUACGAGAGAAUUUAACUUCGAGAAAGUGGACGAUGUGAAUUCAGACAACCCAAGCAUGGAGUCGUCGGAAUGGUGGGUCAAUGAGAAGGUUCGUAAAGAGGAUGGUAGCCCCUGUAAGAACUGGUCUUUCUUCCCGAUGAUGGAGACGGGAGUGAGUUAAUUACAUGGUAGACCAUCAGGGUUUCGAAUCCCCUUCGGUACUUAGAGAGAUUUUUGCAGGCUGAUUGUUAUUGACGACAAAACUGAUAGAGCUGAGCUAGCUAGAUGGGGGACUCGACUCGACCAGACUGGUUAGUACACUUAAAUAUGAAUAUAUUGUCCUAAAAGAAGCAUGUUUUAGGUGACAUACGUAAUUUCAUAAUGUAAGAUAGGCAUCGAGAAGUUUUAUAUGUCGGCUAAUGCCAUCGAUCAUCCUGUUCACAUUGCUGCGCCGGCCUGUUUGAACAGGGCCGGGCCGCGUGUGUUGUGUGAUCGUAAAUUAAUCUUUUAGAUCAAUGCAAAUACUUUUAGGAUCGGAUCGGAUUGGGAUAGGCCACAUUUUCGACAUUUUUUCGUGUAAGUAUCUUUAAAAUAAGUAGGCUUAAUUCUAAAGUUACAA